GUCCGAAUACCCUCAAAAUAUCAAGAAAAUAUCUCACACAGAGAACUAAUUUAAGAGAAUAUCGUCACUAGAGCGGAGAUAGUCGAGUAAAUUGCAGGGAAUAUCCUCGGUUUAUUUAUAGCGUUAUUCACUUUAGGUUGUGGUGUAAUUAUCUCCCUUAGACAAGAUUCAACAUGGGUUCCAAAAAGAAAGGUAAAGGUGGGAAAACAAGCUCAAGUAAAAUAGCCAAUAAAAAGAACAACAAGCUGCUGAAACAAGGCAAAGUAAAGAAACAGAAACAGCUGCAAAUAAGAAAGCAGAGGAAGGGUGUACGAGAAGCAGCAGCAAGAGGUCACAUCAUCAAAAAAGAGGAAAAAAUCACAGAGCAGGAAGUUGAGGAAGACCAGAAUGGGGAACUUGACAGGAGAGAUAUCAAAUUUUUCAUGUCAAAGGGGCGAGAUCUUUCAUUUGCCAAUUUACCUAAACAGUGGGACAAUGAACCUAGAAAUCGAAAAGAGGAAAGCCACAGAUACGGAGGAUGACAAUUUGUCUCGCCACGAGGAAGUACCAAGGAAAUUGCUCAACCAUGACAAAAAUGCCAACAUGAAGAUGCUGCUGCCAAUCAAAGGAGACAGGGGCAAGGUCAUUACAAGAAUGGUAGAGGACAUAGAUGAAGAUGAGGAAAGAGAAAAUGGUGAAGUCACUGAAGAGGAUAUGAAGGAUCCAGAAGCUGUUGAUGACAAACCUCUUCGGCCACUUUCUAACGUGGAACUGCUGGUCAUGAGAAGCAGGAAGUUGCAGGAGAGGAAACAAUCCAUCGCUUCGUUGGCCACUUCAAUACUGGAAAACCCACAAGAAAAUAUCCGUCGGCUACGUGAGCUGCGUCUGAUGCUGAAUGAGAAGGAACCCGAUCUGUACAUCACGGUGAGGAAACUUGUGAUGGUGUCGCUGAUGGAGGUGUUCAAGGAUAUCGUCCCUGGCUACAAGAUCAGACUGCUCACAGACAAAGAGAAGGCACAGCAGCUGAAGAAAGAAACUCGAAUCCUCCAUGAAUAUGAAAGUGCACUGCUCCUUAAUUACAAAGAAUACCUGGAACACCUGGAGAUGUCAAUUAAAGGAAAAGUUCCAAAGAGUAAAAAGCAGGCUGUGAUGGAGAUUCCAAAAGAUGUCUCAAGGACUGUGUCUGAGCUGGCGUGUCGGUGUAUGUCUGAGAUGCUGGUUCACCAUCCCCACUUCAACUUCUCAUCCAACAUCAUCUCCGUCCUGGUGCCCCUGAUGCGGCGGGGAGCGAUACUGCGGGACCAGGUGAUCAGCACCAUCACCAGGGUCUUCCAGGAAGACAAGUCGGGCCAGGUGACACUGGAGAUUGUUCGAAGUAUUGGGAAAAUGGUGAAAGCGUGUAACUACAGUGUCAAACCUAAGGUACUGGAUACACUUCUUGCUCUCAAGAUCAGGGAGGUCGACUUGUCCACAUUCGGGGAAAAUCAGAAAGUCGAGAGGCGGAAAGAACAACUUCAGAGACUGUCAAAGAAAGAAAGGAAGAGGAAGAAGGCGAUGGACAAGAUCAACCAGGAGCUGCAGGAGGUUCAGGCCACCGAGGACAAGAAGAAGAAGCUGAAACUGCACACAGAGAUAAUCCAUGCAGUUUUUGUGACCUACUUCCGGAUCCUGAAAAAUGCCACCCAGUCUGUGCUCCUGCCCUCAGUGCUGGAGGGACUGGCCAGGUUUGCGCAUCUGAUCAACGUCGAAUUCUUUGAUGACUUGUUCAAAGUGUUUCAGUCUCUCAUAACAUCGGGGGACCUGACGUACCGCGAGAGUCUGCACUGUGUCCAGACAGCCUUCACUAUAAUGACGGGGCAGGGCUCUGCCCUCAACAUAGACCCCAUGACCUUCUACAAGCAUCUCUACCAGAUGCUCUUCAAGGUUCAUGCAGGUAGCUCCAGUGACGACAUCCCCAUCAUCCUGGACUGCCUGGACGUCAUGAUCAGCCGCAGGAGGAAGCAGGUGUCCCAGCAGAGGAUCCUGUCGUACAUGAAGCGGUUGAGCACUCUGACGCUGCAGCAGAUGCCCCAUUCGGUGCUCGGACUCCUGUCUGCCAUCCGAGGACUCAUCCAGGGCUUCCCCUUCACAGACCGACUGUUUGAUAACGAGGCUGAGGGGAGUGGAUUGUUCCGCCCUGAUAUCGAUGACCCCGAACACUGUAACGCCCAGAACACUGCUGUGUGGGAGCUGACCCUUCUACAGCACCACUUUCAUCCAGUUGUCCGUCAGUACACAGCUCACAUCAGUCGGAUGGCGCCGUCUACUGGGGAGGGACAGCUGGCACAGAAUCUGGCCAGAGUAGCCCCGAAGGACCUGUAUAGGAGGUACGACCUGACACAACACAUCCUUGACACAUCUAUACCUGCACAAGUGAAAACAAAAAAGAAAAAGUUCCAGUCAGCACGGUUGCAUAGCGAGGAGUUGCAGAGCUACAUGGAGAACCAGAGUGCCUCUGUCCCAGACCUGCCCGGGGAAGAUGUGGACAUCGGAUGACACGUCCCUUGUACCUAUUGUAAAUAAACCUUAACAUGUCA